AUGGCUCCGAAGCGUCGAGCAAAAGUUGUAGUGAAAUCCACUAGGAAAAUCGUGAAGGAAACUGUUUGGCUUGAUGAUGAACCACCAAAAAAACCCGUGAAAGUUCGAGUUCCGGUUGAAGCUCCAGGCGAAAAACAAGAGCAAAAAAAAGCCAAAAGCGGAGAGAAGAAGGGAAAAGAGAAUGGGAAGAAGAGAGGGGAAUUGGAUGGCUAUGAAGGGUACAAGACGUACGUUUUCAGGGUACUCAAACAGGUCCAUCCAGGGAUGGCGAUUUCGUCGAAAGCGAUGUCGGUGAUCAACAGCUACAUGAACGACAUAUUCGAGAAGCUUACAAGUGAGGCAACUAAACUGUCCAUGUACACCGACAGGAAGACAUUGUCUUCGAGGGAGAUUCAAGGGGCUGUGAGACUGGUCUUGCCAGGGGAGCUCGGCAAACAUGCUGUUGCUGAAGGAAGUAAAGCUGUAACUAACUUUGCCACCUACGAUAAAAAACGGUCCAAAUUGGAUUAGUUUUAGGGUUUAGGGUUGAUGUUUCCUUGUUGUUUGCCCCUUUUGUAUUUUGUUUCUGUACUAUAAUCGAAGGGGCUUGUACUUGCAAGUUGUGGUUUGUAAGCUAUAGGUUGA